AUGCCUAAAUAUUCUAAAAAAAGAAGUCAUAUUUGGAAUCAUUUCACAAUAAUAGAUGAACAAUAUGCAAAAUUCAGUUAUUGUUCCGCUAAAGUUAGCUAUGGUGGUGGUUCAAGUAGUAACUUAACUCGCCACAUCAAAACAAAACAUAUAACAGUACCACUUGAUCAAGGCAUGCGAAAACAGGUUCAAAACUUAGUAAUCGAGGAAAAUGUUGAUGAUCCUAGUAGCUCAGGAACGACAGGAACAACUAUUUUUAAUCAGCCAUCAACAUCAUCACAAUUGACAUCUUCUGAACCCGAACCAGCCCAGACAUCCAUAAGGCCAUUACAAUUAGUUCCUAAACCAACCCAGACUUCUAUAAAUUCCUUUAUUCAGAAACCUAUAACAAUUUCAAAAUCAAAAAAAAUCGAUUCACAAAUUUCAAAAUUAAUUAUUAAACAUUAUCACCCUUUUAGCCUGGUCGAAGAGAAAGAAUUUAAAAACUUAAUACAUUUACUGGCACCUGGAUACACACUUCCAAGCAGAAAAACAAUCGCGAAUAGUUUAAUACCUCAGUUAUAUGAGUCCACGGUCACUGAAAUAAAACAUAAAUUAAAAAAUAUACAAGCGAUUUGUUUAACCACCGAUGCAUGGACAUUAGGGUAG